CCAGCCCAGUCGAUCGGCUACUGUACCGCAGCCUUCGACGACAUAGCUCAGCAAUGCAUCCAUCCCACGUCAACUUCACUUGCUCUUCUCAAGCCUCGUCGCUCGCAACAGCUUGCGCCCUCGUGUCCCGCCCUUCUGACUGCUCGUCAGGCCCGUGCCGCGUCCAUGUCGUCUCAACACAGGAUUCUUGCGGAAGUCUGGCAGCAUCUUGAAGGCAGGAACGACAUUGCUAACAUCGUGCGAGAGAUCAUCGGCCAGCACUCGCUCGAUUCAGCUCUGCAGCAUGACAGCUCGACUCACGCUGAAGAAACCAUCCGAACCAUCAUCUGGCUCAAAACCAUCUUCGAUCUUCAGAGAUGCUAUCUGUCUGGAAUUGCGUCCGGCGUCGCCGAAUGCCCGCCUUUCGUUUCAUCCUGUCUUCUGCCACACGAAUUAUUGUUUUCUUCCAUCCUUUACCUCAUAAAUGUCAAGACCCGUUUUUUCUCUAGCCAAACCACUCUCAUGACUAAGGAGUUCACCCGGCCUAGGCACAUCCUCACGCAGACCAUUCUCUCUGGGUUGCGAUUGCUACUUCUACGCAAACAAGAUGUCGAUCCUCAUGAUAAGAGACGCUUGCAAAACGCCAUCAACUCAGCUUGGAAGGACGAUCGCCUAUUCGGCGUAGAACGAUUCGUUGUGUCGGAGAUAUACGCUGAAGUAUUGAACUCUCUGGGCGAUACAUCUCGCCAAAAUCCGUACCAUCGAGAAUGGGUUAAUGCCAAUCUUCCAACAUAUGCGGCAGGUCUAUAUCCGCUCGACAUGAGGCACGAGACUUUCGUUACUCCUCUCAUUCACGGAACUAUGGAAGAAGAUUGGAUAGAUGCUUUCUGGGUAUUGUAUGACUGUUUAUGGGCGGUCGAAUGCGCAGUGACACAACGAUUUGUCGAUUCUCGCCGGGAAAUCGGUGCGCUUGGUUCUCGCGACAUCAGCGCCGACACCGACGAAGCACUUGAGAGCAUUUGGCAGACAAGGACAAGUCUGAUAAUCUCAAUGUUUCAUGUGAAAGGACCGAUGACGCCCACACCUGGACUACUCGACUCUCUCGCCGUUGUGCUGUUGGAAUGGGAUGACGAUAUAGAUAACUUCCUGUCACGCCAGGAUUCUCUGGCUCAACAAAUUACGUCAGCACGACCAACACCACCUCGAAACAAUAGUUACGGCAAAGUUAUUUCAGAAACAGUUCCAUACGUCGAGUCAGCCCUAGGAGGCUUCGCAGAAUGGCUAUCAAGUCGGAAUCUAGGACAUGAGCAGGCCAGCUUUCGCAAAACUCGAAUUACCUCAGAUGAUCUGCAAGAGCUAGUGAGAGAAUGGGUCACAAAGAUCACAUCACCAAAGGGGGAGACGAUCUUGAAAGAGCUGGAAGGAUCACAGUUGCCAGUAUACGUCGUAAACUGUCCGAAGCUACACGUCUUGCCCAAGAAAUGGCUGGAACACAAACUGCGUUGGUGUGAUAAAUGGGCAUAUGAAGCUGUCCAUGAAAACUCUCCUAUGGUUUCAUGGAAAGAGGGUAUACAAUGCCCUAGCUGCCAGUCGGGAGAAAGGAUAAAAUUCGCGCGGCUCAUUGAACCUUUCCAGCACCUAUCUGCCGCUCUCGACAAUUUGAUCAUUGAUCCCCUUAGCUUAAAUCAGCUCAACGUUGGAGGUUCCAGUACGGGCUCUUACGAUACGACGUCGGCAUCACUUGCAUCACGCUCCACCUCGGAUACUGGAAGCAUUGGAAUGAGUUUCCCCUCCAGCUCUGCUAUGAACGGUACCGUCUCUUCGCACGCUUCAAGGAUCAGCGAUACCAAUAACACAUCCCAAUCUUCGAAUCAUCCUCCACGAUAUACGGAGUCACCAAUCAGUCCACUAACAAUGGGACCGCCUUCUACACGCUCUCAAUCGCAAACUUCCAUUGUAGAGUACCCCGUAAGUCCAUUGAACGAGUCGCUUAACAUACCCAUCCCGAUGUCCGUGAGCACUCGCCUUUCUAUGGAUCUUCCAAUCCCAGUUCAUACUCCGCCAUUUACCGAAAGUGCUGUGGAUGAUGCGUUCACGUCAAUUUCCGAGCUUUCGGAGGACAGGCUAUAUACUCCCUCCAACGAUUCGAUAAGGAGCGUGCCUAGUUUUGCAAGAUUGAAGUCGGCAAGCCGCACUGUGAGAAUUGCCAACUCAAUACGUCGAAAACCUACUUUAAGAGUCGCUGAGCCGUGUCCGUUGCCAAAAGAUCCAGCCUUUGUGUUUUCUUCCACGGGUCACUCGUUACUUCUCUGGGGCAGUGAUACUACGGAUCAUUUACUUCGCUUUGAUAUACCCAGCAACGAGACUUCGGCUAUUCAAGGAUGCAGAUAUGAAGUGACUGGAAUCGAGGCGGCGGCAGCAGGUAACCACAGAUGCGCUAUAGUUGUUUCCAGCGGUCUCUCAAAACGGAAGCUGAUUGUUUUCAGCGGCACGAAUUUGACAUCGGAGUCAGAAUUUGAUCUCGACUCUUCAUACAAGCUGACCAAGAUAUCAGUCUGCGUUUCGAGGAAUGAUAGAUUUGUUGCCUUAUCUUUAAACGACCAGAUUCAACUCUUCAGCUUGGAAGAUGGUAUAAAACGAAUUCCAUUUCACCAUCAAAUACAUGUUCAUGAGCUCAAAGGAGGUGUUUCACACACAAGAGUCCUCUCAGUUGAACGUAGCAUGAGUGGUGGCGGUCACAAGAGAUCUGGGAGCAGCAACGAUGAAAAAUCAGAAUCAAGCUGGCUGAGUAGUAACUCGAAAGGCCUGAGCUCGAAGGAGAAAGCAGAAGAACAGCAGCGACAGGCAGCUGUGGUAUCACGCAGAAUUUAUUUUUCUACGGAUAGCAAACGGCUCGUCGUAGCGACACAGCUUGGAGACCACUGUAUAUACGUUGACGUAUAUGACUGUACCCACGAACCAGUUGGGACCAUUUCGGAGCAAUCACGCUCUUUCAAGAUGCCCCCGUGGACUCUCAACGACGGGGAUCUGACGGGAGUAUUCUACGAUUCCGAAAGACGAGCUGCGCUUGUCACCGCUUUCCUGGGGAAAGAAUAUCCGCUGCUCAUUCCUUUUCCAGGCUACGAUCCCCUCCAGAACGAAACCUACUCCACAAAGAUUAUUAACGCUGCACAAUCUCCUUCGGGUGCGACUUUGAUUGCUGUCAACGCCAUGACAGAAGUUAUCCAAUUCGAAUAUACAACCAAGGGUCAUUUUGCGCCGCGCAAGCUCAAAAAAUCCGCAAGCAAGAUAUCCACCAGUGUAUUCAAACCAGGAGCCAUCGCACUUGCUAUGCCACUUGAGAAUUUACUACAAAUGUUCUGGAUCAAGGAUGGAAAAUGCAUGCUGCGUAGCGUGAAGAUUGGAGUUGGAGAGCAAUUCAAAGACUAUGACAUUAGGCCGCACUUUGAUCGAUUAAUGAGUAUGCAGAAGCCCGUUAUCGCAAGAGCGCCUAGUUUGAAGAUUCCCGAGUUGGAUGGGACCUGA